AUGAUGCGCCACUCCAUCCCCAACCUCCGCUCCGCAAUCUCCGCCCUGCCCACCCCGCCCACCGCACUCGUCGUCGACAUCUUCGGCACCAAAACUUUUCCCCUUGGCGACGAGCUCGGCUUGCUCAAGUACGCAUUCGACACCACCACCGCUUGGUUCCUUGCCACCGCCGUCUACAGACUCGAAAACCCUGCUCGAGGCACUCUGUUGUCAUUGGAAAUCAUUUGUGAAGUUUCUCUGUUUUUUUCAAUCUCUGCUGCUGGUGUUGCUCAGAAUCGGCGCAAUCAACAUUGUCUCCGUCGAGCAUAUGACAGGCAGCAAUAG